CAAGAUGGCGGCAGGCCCGGGCGCCGCCUCUUCCGCCCCGCCAGGCGUCGCACGCGGCCGGGGCGAAGGGGAAGUGAGUCAGUGUCCGCGGAGCCGGCCGGCCUAGGCCCAGGCCCAGGCCCGCGCCCGCCGCGGCCCCGAGAGGCCCAGAGAGGCCCGGCCCGGGGUGGCGGCCAUGGCCGGGGGGCCGGGCCCGGGCGAGCCCGCGGUGCCUGGCGCGCAGCACUUCUUGUACGAGGUGCCGCCCUGGGUCAUGUGCCGUUUCUACAAGGUCAUGGACGCGCUGGAGCCCGCCGACUGGUGCCAGUUCGCGGCUCUCAUCGUGCGCGACCAGACGGAGCUGCGGCUGUGCGAGCGCUCUGGGCAGCGCACGGCCAGUGUCCUGUGGCCCUGGAUCAACCGCAACGCGCGCGUGGCCGACCUCGUGCGCAUCCUCACGCACCUGCAGCUGCUGCGCGCGCGGGACAUCAUCGCCGCCUGGCAGCCCCCCGCGCCCCUCCCGCCCCCGAGCGCUGGUGACAGUGGCCUGGCCCCCACCAAAGCCCCAGCCCCCGGCCCCCGGAAGUGGCCGUCCUCAGCCUCCACCGUGCCCUCCCCAGCCCCGCCAGGACCCCCGCCCCACUCUGGGUACAGCUCGAGCCCCGCUGCCCCGCAGCAGCCUCCGCAGUCGCUGUCCCCGUCGCCGGCCCCGCCCUCCGCCCAGCCCAGCGUGGGGUCCCUGCUGCAGGGGCCCGGGCCCGGCCCCUUCUGCUGGCCCCUCGGUGAGAUCGCCCGCGGCACCCGCGACUUCUCGGCCGAGCUGCGAGUUGGCGAGGGUGGCUUCGGCUGUGUGUACCGAGCUGUGCUCCGGAACACCACGUAUGCAGUGAAGAGGCUCAAGGAGGACGCCGACCUGGAGUGGGCCGUGGUGAAGCAGAGCUUCCUAACCGAGGUGGAGCAGCUGUCCAGGUUCCGCCACCCAAACAUCGUGGACCUGGCUGGCUACUGUGCCGAGGAGGGCUGCUAUUGUCUCAUCUACGGCUUCCUGCCCAACGGCUCCCUGGAGGAUCGCCUGCACUUCCCACCCCAGGCGUGCCUGCCUCUUUCUUGGCCGCAGAGACUGGACAUCCUGCUGGGCACCGCCCGGGCCAUCCAGUUUCUGCAUCAGCACAGCCCCAGCCUCAUCCAUGGUGACAUCAAGAGUUCCAAUGUGCUUCUGGAUGACAGGCUGAUGCCCAAGCUGGGGGACUUUGGCCUGGCACGGUUCAGCCGCUUCACAGGGGCCACACCAGGCCAGAGCAGUGCCGUGGCACGGACCCACACGGUGCGGGGCACCCUGGCCUACUUGCCAGAGGAGUACAUCAAGACUGGCAGGCUGGCCGUGGACACGGAUACCUUCAGCUUCGGGGUGGUUGUGCUGGAGACCCUGGCUGGCCAGCGGGCUGUGAGGACACAGAACUCCAGGACCAAGUAUCUGAAAGACCUGGUGGAAGAGGAGGCUGAGGAGGCGGGGCUGACCCUGAAGAGCACCGGGACCAUGCUCCAGGCCGGCCCGGCCACUGACACCUGGGCCACAGCCAUUGCUGCCCAGAUCGUCGAGAAGCACCUGGACCCCAGGCCUGGGCUGUGCCCGUCACGGCUGGGUCUGAGCCUCGGGCAGCUGGCCUGCUGCUGCCUGCAGCGCCGAGCCAAGCGGAGGCCGCCCAUGACUCAGGUGUACGAGCGACUGGAGGGGCUACAGGCAGCUAUGGCCGGAUCUCUGUGGGAGCCCGAGGCAGCCGGCCGGGGUCCCCCAUUCCCGCAGGAGAACUCCUACAUGUCUGGCGCCAGCAGCUCCCGGAGUCAGGGUGCCCUGCUACAGCCCCUGCUGGUGCCCUCAGGUGGCCCCACCCACUCCACCCUACAGCCCCGCCAGAGCCCCAACCAGCCUGUGGAGAGCGACGAGAGCCUGCCAGGCCUCUCUGCCGUCCUGCACUCCUGGCAUUUGAGCCCCAGCUGUACCCCGGGCCCCACUGGAGAGUCCAGCUCAGGGAACACCCCAGCCACAGAAGGGUCCUCCCCGGGCAGCCCUGCCUCCUCAUCCUCAUCUGCCUCGGAGCCGCUGCAGAUUGUCAUCAACCCAGCAAGGCGCAGGAUGGUGCAGAAGCUGGCCCUAUACGAGGGUGGCGUCCUGGACAGCCUGCAGCUGCUGUCAUCCAGCUCCCUGCCAGACUUGGGCCUCGAACCCAGCACCAGACAGGGGCCUGAAGAGAGUGACGAGUUCCAGAGCUGACCCAUCAUCAGGCCCAGAAGGCAAAGUUCUCAUGGUCAGAAGUUCUCACGGCAUGUCCCUCCUGCUGCCCUGGGGCUACAGGCACAGGCAGCGCAGUGGUACUAAGGGCACCAUGUCUCGGGGCUGCUCCACAGCACUGCUGUGGCACCUCGGGGAGCCCUGACCAUGCGUCACCCAUGCCAGCACCACUGGAAAAGGGGAAGCGACUGUGAUCGGCUCGGCCGCCUGCCAGCCAGGCCACUACAGGCCACCGCACAUGAUUCCAUGCCCAGCAGGCCCCAGAUCCACAGCUCAGCUGGCCACUAGCUGGGGUCAGGCGAGCCCGUGGCCGGUGUCCCCACGCGAGUGGGAAGUUGAGGCAGGCAGAGGGGGGGGGCAGUGUUAGCAGAAGCGAGGCCCCAGCAGUCACACUACAAGCCCGGAAAGCAGGCAUCAGUGACACCCAAGUCAUCCUUCAGUAAUAAAGACUUCACAUUCCCA